CUAGCAGACUGCUACGAGAAAUAGAGGAGAACGAGAUAGAGUGUGAGUGUGUAUGUAUGAGCUGCUGAAGAUACAGGGAAAGAGCAGAGCAAGUGAGAGAGGGAGACUCGAGCGGAGGGGUGCGAGAGUAGCAACUUCAUUGUGUUUAGGCAGAACUGCGCGAGAAGCAGGACGGAGCGCAGCUCAGCAUCAGUACCGACCGGAAAAAGACAGAAUAGCCUUCUGGAUACUACUGUGAACAAACAGACGGUGAGAUGUACUUCAUUCAAAAACCGUCAGUUGCACCAACUUGAGAGGGAAGAGGAAUACAUUGAUCGAACAGAGGAUACAUAUACGCUGUCAUACUGAAAAAGUUCUUAACUAUGGAAAAUAAUUCCUAAAUGACUGUUUGCAAAGUUUUCGGACAAAACCAGUGCUUUGAGAAGCAUAUUGAUUUACCCAAGCAGUGGUAUUGCUUUGCACCGCGGUGGAGAAUAACCAGCAAGCGGCAGCCCUCACCCCAGUCGCAUUGACGGAACAAUAGAUUCCCGUCCUACACUUUCGGGGAAAACACAGCCGAACCGGCGACAGAAGACAAGAUAAAAUGUUGCCGUUUUACCUCGUCCUUUGCCUUAUGGGAACAGCUACCCGAGCAGCCUACUUUUCCCAGCAGCCCCAAGACCAGGUAGUGGUGUCUGGUCAAUCGGUGACUCUGCCCUGUGUCAUCGUGGGGUACCGAGGAAUGGUGCAGUGGACCAAAGACGGCCUGGCGCUGGGUGGAGAGAGAGAUCUGCCAGGGUGGACACGCUACUCCUUAAUGGGCGACCCGCUAUCAGGCGAGCACAGCUUGAUGAUCGACUCGGCAGAGCUGGCGGAUGACGCCGUGUACGAGUGUCAGGCUACGCAGGCCGGACUGCGCUCCCACCGAGCCAAGCUCACUGUUCUAGUUCCCCCCACAGACCCGGUGGUGGAGGGGGGUCCUAUCAUACGUGUGAAGGCCCACACACCCUACAACCUCACCUGCCGCUCCUCGGGGGCCAAGCCUGCCGCCGAGAUCACCUGGUACAGAGACGGAGAGGUCAUGGACACGGCCAUAUACUCCAAGACGCGGAUGGAGGAUGGGAAGAGGGAACUGGCUGUCAGUAUGCUUCCUGUGGUGCCGGAGGACAAGGACUCUGGCCGUACCUACACCUGCCGCGUCCUCAACCCUGCCGCCCCCGCCGGACUCCAGACCUCCGUCACCAUCAACGUCCAGCACCCCCCAUCAGUGACCCUGUCCGUCCAGCCCCAGACUGUCAUGGAGGGAGCCAAGGUUCUGUUCAUCUGCUCUGCCUCUGCCAACCCUGAGAUCACAGGAUACAGGUGGUCCAAGGGAGGAGUCCCCAUCUCGGAGGCGAACGGGGACAGCCUGGAGGUGACGGUAGACCACUCGUACUUCACAGACCCUGUCUCCUGUGAGGUGUCCAACUCAGUGGGCAGCACCAACGUCAGCACCCUGGUGGAUGUACAAUUUGGUCCCAGGCUGCUGUCGGAGCCCAAGCCCAUGAACGUGGACAUUGGGAUGGACGCUGCCUUCACCUGCACCUGGACAGGCAACCCUCCCCUUACCCUGGCCUGGACCAAACAGGGCUCAAGCGUGGUGCUCAGUAAUGGCAACACCCUGCAGCUGAAGGCUGUCACCCAGGAGGAUGCUGGGACGUAUACCUGCAAGGCCAUCGUCCCCCGCAUCGGUGUGGCUGAGAGGGACGUCACGCUCACUGUCAACGGCCCACCUAUCAUUACAGCGGACGCCACACAGCAUGCUGUCAAGCACUCCAAGGGCAAGCUAGAGUGCCUGGUGGGAAACAGCCCCCCGCCUGACAAGAUUGUGUGGACGUUUGGAGACGUGACCCUCUCCUCGGGUUCCUCCGGUCGUUUCUCUGUCCAGACGGUGACCAGCGACCACGGGGUCCUGUCCUCCCUGGUCCUGUCUGAGACCCUGGCCCAGGACUUCCAGCUCCGCUACAACUGCACCGCAUGGAACCGCUUCGGCACAGGCACCGCGCUGGUCACCCUCAAGGAGCAAGAGGCCCUGCCCAUGCUGAUCAUCAUUGGGGCGGCGGUGGGCGGAGGGUGUGUCCUGCUCAUCUGUGUCGUCACCCUGGUCUCUCUCUGCUGCAGGCACACCGGGAAAGGUAAAAAGUGCACACGCCUCUCAAAGAGUGACAUCAGAGUUCAGAUUGUGCACAGUGACCACAAUGCUACCCGUGGCAACGAUGAUGAGGAGGAUGUCAAGGAGCCCAUGGCCCCCAACAGCAGUGAGUCUCCUGGGACGUCCCGGACGGAACACAGUGACCUGCUGGAGGAGGAUGAGGACGAGAGGUCCGACAUCAAGGACCCCACUAACGGCUACUACAACGUGCAUGCUCACGAGGACCGGGUGAUCCGCAGUGGUUUCUCAGAUUACGUGCCCAACCCCCGUCCUGUCUACACGCCAUCCCAGCUGCCCUCCCCCAGCCCGCUGUACGGCCAGCACACAGUGGUGGCAGCCACACAGCCCCGCAUCUACGACUUCUCCCACCGCUACGCCACCACCACAGGGGCCCGCUCCACCUAUGAGCAGCAGCAGGCAGCGGCAGCCCAGCCCGGAGCCAUCUACCCCACCGACCCCGUCUACAGCGGCUCUGCCUACCUGCCCACCGCCGCCACAUACGGACGAGCCUUCACCAGCUACGUCAAGCCCGCCUCCUACGAGAAGGUGGACGCAUACGAUCAAUCGGACCAGGCCAGCAAGGUGUCUAGCUCCUCCCGUUUCUCAUAUGCAUCAUCGCAGGUCUCCUCCCAGCAGUCCGACUACGGACGGCCGUCACAACGCAUGCAGACUCACGUCUGAUUGGACAGCGGAACAGGGGGUGGAGCGCGGAGGGCCAUGUAAAGGGGAAGCAUUGGUCAUCUCUAUAGGAAGUGUGGCCAGACUAACAUGAGGAGAGAGGACUGGAUGGCUGGUCCUUCUCCUGGACACGUUUUGGAAGGAGAUGUAGGUGACAGGGAUUGCCUUCCUUAUUUGUUAUUCAGUUGUCAUUCUGGGAUUGAAUGGUCCCAAUGGAGUCCCAAUGGAGUCAUUCCCCAUCAAUAAAUCAUCUACUACAGUGUCUGCUACUUCAGAGAUGAGCCUGCUAUUCUGUCAUGACACUGGUUUUGUUUUACCAGUGAGGGGAUGGGAGGAAGGCAAACUGGAAAUCACCAGACAGGAGCAUCUCAUGACUUUGGGUGGCCUAAACUAACUGGAUUCUGGAGCCUAGCUAACAUUUCUCAAAAAGAACAGACUGCUCAGACAAAUAGAACUUGUAACAGACUAUGAACAAAUAAAAAAUACAGAUAUCUUCAUUUAAAAAAAGAGUCAACACAUUGUGGUCAUUUGGUGUUUGUCGGCAUGUGAAAGGAGUUGUAAGCACAUUCGUGUCUCUCUAUCCAUUUAAAGAAGCCUGAGCUCCACAGUGGCAGCCAUAAACCGUUUGGCAUAACAAUAAGUUUGGCUUGGGUGUGGGUUAUUUGGGAGUGAAAGCAGAGUGAGGUAUGGAGAGAAUGUGUAUCCUGGCCUUUACCUAAUAGAUAGACAGCCUCUGCGUUAUUGUUCUACCCUGGAGGACAAUAAAAGGAAAUUGAAAAACCCAAAGAUGGUGAGCUACAGUAUAUAGCAGUGUAUUGAAAGAGUUAGAGAUAGAGAUGAAUUCCUCUGGGUACUGUAUUACUUCUGUGUUUGCCAGAUUGUUAAAUGGAGACUAUUUCCAGAACAAUCAAAGAAUGUGGUUUGUAAAAUGGUGGCAAUCUUGAACUUGAAUAAGCUCAAGGUGCAGUCUCAACAGACUAAGAUGGGUUCUACUUGUGAAAUUGUCCCUCUUCAGACACCAUCCACACUCCAGUCUUUAUGACACAAUCAAGUAGCUUCAAUAUGUUUACAAAAACACAGUACUACCCUGAAAUACUGACUAGAUCAACUGUUCAAAUGGGUGAAGAAGCCCCAUUCUUUCUCUGUUGCAUGCAGAUGAUGUGUCUAGUGAAACUCUUCAGCAUUUCUUUUCCAUAUCCAUUAUGCUUGUUUGAGAGACUGCUUACUGCACCUGGCUCAGUUGCAUUCCGAUUCUGGACACUACUGGAACCCUGUACUGCCAUUUUGGGUCGAGAGCCGCGCUACUGGUCAGUCGGCCCAAUUGGAGAACAAAUGUCACUAAGUGAACCAAGUGAUUUAAAACAAAAAUCAUCGCUCGUCUUUAUUUUUAUAUUUUAUAUAAGCCUUAAUGUACAGCUUGUAAGCUGCUUUACUGUAAAGUAUCUUUAUAUUAUAUAUACAUAAAUCUAUAUCUUGAUUGAUUUUAUUUGGGUCCACAAUUUUUCUCUUUCUGUUCCGUUGUUCAUCAAUCACUGAAUGCAGAAAGAUGAACAAUGCUUUUUGGGAACACAACUAAUUGCCAUUUGUUGGUUUGGUUCAUUUAGUUUUUUUAAUAAUGUAUUAAGGAUUUUAUUUGCUAAAAAUGAGCUAUUGUUGCUUGUAACUUUGUAUACAUAUUUAUAUUUAAAUAAAACCAUUUCAGAUAAA